UUCAAUUAAGCCUAAAAUGUAGGAACGAUGAGGAGAGUGCGCGAGAGAAAAAAAGGAGAACGGCACAUCCGCACAUGCCAAAAAAAUGGAAGAGACAGGGUUAGUGAUGAUAUAAAGAAGAGCCGACUGGCAGUAUUGAGUUGUCAUUUGACUGCGGGAUCUUCCGUCAUGGCUUCUGAGGAAGAAAAAGCGCUCGCCGCUGCACCCUCUGAUUCUCCUACCAUAUUCGACAAAAUCAUCAACAAGGAAAUCCCAGCUACAGUGGUGUAUGAAGACGAUAAGGUCUUAGCUUUCAGGGACAUAGCUCCCCAGGCUCCUACACACAUCUUAAUCAUUCCAAAAAACAAGGAUGGCCUAACUGGAUUGUCUAAGGCUGAGGAGAGGCACACUGAAAUUCUAGGCCACCUUCUUUAUACCGCAAAGCUUGUCGCAAAACAGGAAGGACUGGAAGAUGGCUUCAGGAUUGUGAUCAACGAUGGCCCUCAAGGAUGUCAAUCUGUGUAUCACAUUCAUGUCCACCUCCUCGGGGGGCGCCAAAUGAACUGGCCUCCAGGCUAAAUGAUAAUGUUAACAUAACAGGCGGACACCAUAUUUCAUGUUAGUUUGCAUUAUGGCCUGGUUUGUUAACAU